AUGCGAAACAGUGAAGCAGCUGCAGGGGGGCCACAGCAUGGACAACGGAUGCUUUUUACAGGCCCAGAUGGAAUUGGAGACCACAGGCCAAGAUUAAAUUAUUCCCCCCGGUACGUGGGUGCGGGCGUCUCAUCACCUGAGGCCACAGGUGACCUUGGCUACUUGUGCCAGGCUGCACCAGAUGCCCCUCCUCCCAAGCCCAAGCAGGGCUACGUGGGGGAGGUCGGCUGGGGCUGGCAGCACAACCAGCUGCUGAACAGCGGGGCGCUGCUCAGCAACAUGCAAAUGAAGAAGACUGAGUUGCGGACAGCGUUGGAGGACAGAGUGACUCACGGGUUCCAGAGCGGCCAGAACUCACACCGCCUCGAGCCACAGGCCAAACAUGACCAAAUGUUGCCCCACUAG